AUGGGCGACGACAAUGCUAAGUGGGAGCUCUCGAAGCCGGCCUCGUCGACCUGGGACGAGGCGCGGAUCAUCCCCGCGGACGGAUGGGAACGCAUGAAGAAGGGAUUGACGCCGCAGGAUAUGGACGACCGCUGGGUCAUUCGCCAACUCGAGAAGGACGGCGAGGAGAGUGUUGUCUUUGCCCGGAGUUGGACUCAGUACACACUGGGCAAGAUCACGGUCGAGCCCGCAGGAGAUGAUGGCAAGAGCCGUCGGAUAACCAAGUUUACAUGGGAGACGGACAAGGAGCGAUGGAUUGUUCAGGACGCGGAGACUGAGGCGAAGGACCUGGUCGUGAGGUUCUCGAAGGGUGUUUUCCAGGUUGACUUGGCGGAUAAGCCGCCCUCUGAGUAG